AUGUCCUUUCCCAGUAGCUCUCCUGCGGCCAACACAUUCUUAGUGGACUCUUUAAUUGGUGCUUGCAGGUCGGACAGCUUUUACUCCAGCAGCAACAUGUACAUGCCGUCCGGCUCAGACAUGGGAACUUACGGAAUGCAAACCUGUGGACUCCUGCCGUCUUUCGGCAAAAGAGGGGAGGUCAACCACCAAAACGUGGGCAUGAAUGUCCACUCGUACAUACCUCAGAUAGAUAACUGGACUGAUCCGGGUAGACCCUGCAGAAUAGAGCCGUCCAGUCAGAUGUCAAACUGUACAUUUUCACAGAGCAUAAAGGAAGAGAGUAACUGCUGCAUGUACUCCGAUAAGAGAGUCCAAAAAGUCAGCUCUUCAGAGGCAUAUUCUAACGUUAUUUCCGAGUCUUGUUCUGUGGAGGGUCCCGAGAUCCCGGUCCCGGGCUAUUUCAGACUGAGCCAAACUUAUGCGAACGGAAAACAUCAGGAAAACUACUGCCAUGAGCCGCCGAGUCCAACCCCAACCCUGAUGCAGCUCAGCCGGGUCACCCCGAAACCGCAACCUUCCUCGGCGCCUUCUAAUUUCGCAGAAAAGAAAAGUGAGGACGUCCCGCAAAACCCCGAGACCUCAAGGACGCCGGUGCCCGCAGACAGCCCGGAUCCCAAGUCCAGCUCCGGGGAGAAGAUCUGCUCCAUGGAAGGCUCUGCGUCCAGCCCUGAGCUGCUGCACAAGGAAGGGAAAGAGUGUAAGAACGACACACCAACAAGCAACUGGUUAACUGCAAAAAGUGGCAGAAAGAAGAGAUGUCCCUACACAAAGCACCAGACCUUGGAGUUGGAGAAGGAGUUUCUCUUCAAUAUGUAUCUGACCCGAGAGCGCCGCCUAGAGAUCAGCAGGAGCGUCAACCUGACCGACAGGCAGGUCAAGAUCUGGUUCCAGAACCGCAGGAUGAAACUGAAGAAAAUGAACAGAGAGAACCGCAUCCGGGAACUCACCUCAAACCUCACCUUUUCGUGAGCGCGCAUGUGUCUGUGGUUAGCUGUCUUUUAUUAUUUUCUCUCAUCAUCGGUUUGAUGCUUCAGUGGCAUUGGACGUUUAUCUUCAAUUUCAACGAAACUGUGACUAUAUAUAGGCCAAUUUUUCGUACUUUGUGUGGCGUCGUGUAUUUGUUUUAUUUUCUCACAGGGUAUCACACUUUUAUGGUCUUAAAUUAUUGGAGAAGUAGAUUUCUUCCCUCUAUAGCCAGUAGAUAUUCUAUUGUGUCGCGACGGUGAGCUGUUUUGGAAAAAGAAUUGCUCUUAUUUUCAGUCAUGAAAGCACAUUUUAUUGUCGUGUAGUGCAACAUUUGUUUUACAGUCGGUGC